AUGGCUGCCUGGGCAUAUCCUUCUCUUCCAGCUGAACGGCUGAAAGAAAAAGAGGAGGCAUCGUUGUCUAAUGAGCUACAAUGGCUCUUGAACUCCUUACAAGGAACACUGGCCUCGUUACGAGAUGGAUUACAGGAGUGUUACGCUCUCCUGACACCAAAUGAUAUGGGAUCUACACUCGUGCUUUCAUCAAUGCGAUCGGAAAGUGUUAAGGGAUUUGUGACGAGAACGGGCUCGAAAAUUGUUAAAGGAGAUGUUCAACUCCGUCUACACUCCUUGCCUCCCCCACGCGGUUCGCCUUCAACCCGAUUAUGUCUUUCAUCCGACCCAGCAGCUCCUGAACUUGUCCUGAAUCAACUUUCGACUGUUCGCCGCCUCAUCAACGAUAGUCUUGAUAUCGUUGAUAUCAGCACAUACACAGGGGACUCGAGAGAUGCGAGUUUCAUAUCCGGCCAACUACGGCUCCUGGGCGAUAACCUGGCUGAAGCGAGGCAAACUUUGAAAGGUGAAGGUGAAGGGAUUAAGCAGCCCUGGUUCGAAGGCAGCGCAGAUGGUAACAGCUUCGACCCGCCUCUCCCACCUUACCUCUCGUUUCAUCUCUCGAUUUCAGAGGCUGCACUCGUGCUAUAUCUUCGCACUCUUGAACCCGCUUCAACAGAGUCCACCCCAGCAACAUCUUUCGCACCUCAUCUUUCUCUAGGAGGAUUUUCUUUACGAGACCAGCUUUUUGGAGUGAAACAGCCCGCGCAUGAUGAGACUGGUGAUGUAUUUCAAUGGCGUGGUGAAGAAGUAAGAGUUCAAGAGAAAGUCAGAGUGGAAAGUCAAGACCCUAGUCUUCUAUCCGCCAUGGCUAAGAUCUCUGCUCUAGAACAUGAGGUGACAAGAUGGAGAGCAGCUCUAUCUACCUUGAUGGGAGAUGAGAGCGACUGA